AUUAAAUUCUUGAAAACCAAAGAGGGCACCGCCAUGGUACAAAUGGGCGAUUCGGUCGCCGUCGAACGCUGUGUCCAACAUUUGAACAACAUUCCCGUCGGCAAUGGUGGCAAAAUCCAAAUUGCCUUCUCCAAACAGAAUUUCCUGUCCGAAGUUAUAAAUCCAUUUUUAUUACCCGAUCACACACCCAGUUUUAAGGAGUAUACCGGCUCAAAGAACAANGUAGACAU